AUGGCUCGCAUCACCACUGUUGGAUCUCUGCUAGUAGCAACAGCAUCGGCGCAGCUGUUGAACAUUCCUGCUCUGCUCGGCAGCCUUGGACCUGCGCCUGAGGACGACCCCAGGUUCACGAACUGGCAAGCGCCUGGACCUAACGAUGUUCGUUCGCCAUGCCCUGGUCUUAACACCCUCGCCAACCACGGGUUUAUCCACCACGAUGGCCGCAACAUGACCCUCCCGCAUCUCCUCACAGGUCUCGCCGAAGGUCUAAACAUGGGCGCCGACUUCACCGUCCUCAUCGGCGGCGCCGGUCUCCUCUCCUCUCCUGACCCUCUAGGCGGAGCUUUCGACCUGAAUGACCUCGACCAGCACAACUUCCCCAUCGAACACGACGCCAGUCUCUCCCGCCAGGACGCGUACUUCGACGACGACCACACCUUCUACGACCCUUACUGGCAAGACGUCCUCGCGUACUUCCAAAACGGCCAGACGGCACUCAAGCCCGCGGCCGAGGCCAUCGCCAACCGGACACGGGACUCAGAGGCUAUCAACCCGACGUUCACGUACGGCUUCCGCGAGUUCAUCUUCCGCUACGGCGAGACGGCCAUCUACCUGCAAAGCAUGGGCGGCUCGGACGCCGACGGCGUCACCCGCGUCGACUGGGUGAGAAGUCUCUUCGAGCAGGAACGACUUCCCUACAACCUAGGCUGGAGACCUCGCGCUGAGCCGAUCACGAUCCCGAGUUUGGGACAGAUGGUUUUCGAGCUGUUCACCGUCAGUCCUGAGGCUGUGCCUGAGGGGAAGAAGAUCUUUGCGGAUUCAUACAAGGAUGUCUUCGAGGUGCUUGUGGGUGGUUCGGAGGUGUUGAACAACAUCACCGACGGGCUGGCUGCUGCUGUCGGUCUGUGA